CAGCUGUCCUCGGUAAAUUGGCCUGCGCGAGGCGCACAACUGCAGCUACAGGCACCAGACACACGCAGACGUACCGCUGAACUUUGCGCUAGCACCAGCAUAGCCGAUUCUCGCACGCGCAAGCAGUAUCCAACAAAAAGAAAGCGACCCGCAGCGCAUCUCCGCAGAGUAUUCACAAAAUGCAGCACAUCCGCCCGACGACGGGCUUACUGGAUGACCGCGACGAGGACUGGCGCGACACGCUCUUCUACUGGCACGGCCGCGUCACCUGGGUCGGCGGCGAACGAAACGUCGUAAGUUGGCGCGGGUCCUGGCUCUCGACGGUAGCAAGCCACGCCCCACCGGCGGCGGACUUCUCGUCAAGUUUCAACUUCUUUGAAUUGAAUUUCGACGUGGAUCCCAUGCGCGCGCGGCAAUUUGCGACCGGGGACAUGGACCUCCGAGCUUUGCUCCAACUGAGCGGCGAGUUUCGAGGGCAUUAUUUGAUGGAGCCGCCGGAUGGUGCGGGGUAUCGACGCGCGUAUCGCGACGACGCCCACGAAUUUGAGUUCGACGACCGCAUCGAGGACCCUCCGCCCGAGAUAGGUGCAAGCGAUCCCUUGCCUCCCAGAGCGCCGCAGCAGAUCCCGGGAGCGCCUUUAUUGAACGUCUUCGUCGUGCCGCCGCCGCCGCGAACCCCGAGACAACCGGGGCCCUACGUGUUGUGUGCGGCUCGAGGUAGGAACGAAUUUGGGACCUUCGUCGCGUUAGGCCACGCUCGAAGGUUCCGAUCAGGCGCCGAGGACGCCGUGGAAUUGACACUAGCUAGGAGGUACGUGCGCGACGACGAUUCUCGACUGAGGUGGCCGCUGCGCGACAUACUGCGCGGCGUCCAGGCGCCGAUCCGCGUCUCGCCCUGGGAGCAUUCGCUGCCCUGCCGGUUGCAGGGCGACGUGAUUGCGGAACAACAGAGGAUAGAGGCCGAGCGGCAACGUGAGAGAGCGAACCACAUACCUCAACCGUUCGCCGCGCAGCCCCUCGCGCACCACACCGAUGAAUAUAGACGCAUGAUGGACCGCAAGCGGACUAGGGACUAAAA